AUGAGGGACUUGGGGGGUGAUCCUCGGGCAUUGGCGUUUCUGAUCAGGGAUUGGAAAUUUGAUAAAUAUGCCGAGUUACAGUCCGUACAAGUCGCCGCCACCUUCUGCGCUGGUGCGAGCCUCGCCACCCUCAGCUGGACCAAAACCCCCUCCCCCCACUGGCUCACCACCGCCCUAUGGUUCAGCUCGCUCAUCUGCUCCAUCUGGGCCAUUGUCACCUCCAUCCAAACCCGCAGCAUACUCGACGACUUACCCAAUAGAGAGCAACUCACCUCCCACUUCCCUGACGCUGAAGUGCGCCGCAUACGAUACGUGAUUUUGAGAUAUAAGGGGAGACCAAGCGUCAUGCAUUGGGUGAUGCUUUUUGCGUGGCAGUUUCCAAGUAUGAUGAUGGCGUGGGCUUGGUGUACGUUUUUGGCGGGAUUGACGGUAUAUGUGUGUACGCCUUUUGUUAAGGGUUCGCGAUGGGAGGAGGGUCAUAAGAUCGCAGUGGUGUACCUCGCAGUCGGCAGCGUCGGUCUCGUCACGUACUUCUUCUCCUCCAUCUUCGUCUACACCAGCGAGCGCUCCUGUGUUCGAGCUACCGGUUCUUGCAGCCGCUCUGCCACCUCCUACGGCCUGCCGACCACCUCGGGACGAGACAGUACCCAGCACGUUGUGGAGUCUGGAUCUGAUAUCGAAAGCUCGCCUGCGAGUCCGGCUACGGAGAGUCAAGAUAAGGAGCAAGAAAUGGACGGGCAUGUGGAAGGAGGUGAUGGAGGACCUGCGGCUCGGCGACGGAUGACGGUGCCAGCGGUCAUGAGUGGGGAACCGUGGCGUGUAGGCGCUCGCCGGGGAAGAGACAGGAGGGAGGUGUGGAUGUUGAUCUGA